GUGUAGCCCAGCGCGCCAGGCACCAUGCGUCUGGAAGCCAUCCGCUACUCGCCGGGCUCGCUGCAGAUCCUCGACCAGCUGCAGCUGCCUGAGCACUGCCGCUACGAGGCACUGGGUUCGGUGCAGCAGGCCGGGGAGGCCAUCCGCGCCAUGAAGGUGCGCGGCGCCCCCGCCAUCGCGCUGGUGGGCUGCCUCAGCCUGGCGGUGGAGCUGCGGGCGGGCGCCGGCGGUCCCGGGCUUGCCGCUCUGGUGGCCUUCGUGCAAGACCAGCUGCGCCUCCUCGUCGCCGCCAGACCCACCGCUGUCAACAUGGCCCGUGCCGCCCGCGAUCUGGCUCGCGUGGCAGCUCGGGAGGCGGAGCAGGAGGGUGCCACCGAGGAGACCGUGCGGGAAAGAGUAAUCAGCUUUGCUGAAGAUAUGUUGGAGAAGGACCUCAGAGAUAACCGGAACAUCGGGGACUUGGGAGCCCGCCACCUCCUGGAGCAGACCAGCCCCAGGGGUGGCAAGGUGACCGUGCUGACCCACUGUAACACUGGCGCUCUGGCCACUGCUGGCUAUGGUACAGCCCUAGGUGUGAUCCGCUCCCUGCACGAGAUGGGCCGAUUGGAGCAUACCUUCUGCACAGAGACCCGGCCCUACAACCAGGGAGCCCGGCUGACGGCCUUCGAGUUGGUCUAUGAGCAGAUUCCUGCUACUCUCAUCACUGACAGCAUGGCAGCCGCUGCCAUGGCCCACCAGGGUGUGUCAGCUGUGGUAGUAGGAGCUGACCGUGUCGUCGCCAAUGGAGACACAGCCAACAAAAUAGGCACGUACCAGCUGGCCAUUGUCGCCAAGCACCACGGUAUCCCCUUCUACGUGGCUGCCCCCAGCUCAUCCUGUGACCUCCAUCUGGAGACUGGCAGGGAGAUUGUCAUAGAGGAACGCCCUAGCCAGGAGCUGACUGACGUGAAUGGAGUCAGGAUUGCGGCACAGGGAAUCCGGGUUUGGAAUCCUGCCUUUGAUGUCACCCCCCACGAACUCAUCACCGGUGGCAUCAUCACUGAGCUGGGUGUCUUUGCCCCUGAGGAGCUCCGAGCAGCCCUAAGUGCCUCCAUCUUAGAGGGACAGACCCUAGAUAGUCCCCAGAUGUGACUAGCAAGCUCUCCCCGACCUGCUCUGGUUCCUCUGGUUUUAUAAUAAAGUUCUCAAAUGGCUACCCAAAA